AGGAAGUGCAAAGUGAUCCAGUCAGUGAGGGACAGAGUCUGCAGGGGAAAAAAAUUAACAAAUUUAUUUCUGUCUUUGUGUGUGACAAAAGGCUAUGCACUGGAGAAGAAAGUAGUCAAAAGCAAAGCAGGGGAAAAAGUUGGCCUGCCUUGUUGUCAUGAAAUUCCCAGCUCGGAAGGCCUACAUAAUUACCGGGUCUACUGGCAGAAGAACACCACGGAGGUAGUGCUUGCCUACGCAGAAGGGAACGUGAUCCGCGAGCAUGAGCGGUACAAGAACCGGACAGAGAUGAAUGAGAAGAACCUCACCCUGUGGAUCUCCCCUGUGGAAAUCCUGGACAAUGGCCCUUACCAGUGUGUAGUUCAGCACCUCAGAUUUUCACAGAACUCAGUAGUUUUGUGUGAUGAGACUGUCACCCUCUUUGUUACAGCUGACUUCAGUAAGCCGAACAUAACAGCAAAUGUAUCCUCUACUUCUUGUGAAUCAACUGAGAUGAUUGUAAGAUGUUCUUCUCAUGGAGGUUUCCCCAAACCCCAAAUCUCUGGAGCCCUCAACAACGUGUCCGUGGCGUGGAAUACCACCUCAGUGUCCAAGUCCAGCCUCAACCUGUACAACAUCACUGGCAAGCUGAGGCUCAACGUGACCAAAGACGUCAGCUUCAGUUGCUCCGUUGAAUACAAUGGCUUAGCCAAGUCCAGCAGUUUGCUUCUGAAAAAAACAUCUAACUGUGUUGUCACUACUGAGCCUUCAUCAUAUAAUGUCAUUACUGCUUCAAGUAUCAUCAUUAUCAUCUUCCUUUUGGCUAUCACCCUAGCAGCAAGAUACCUCCGAAGGCAUGUCUGUUCUUACUGUUGUAAGCCUCAGGAUUCAGUGGAAGAGGGUGUGAAAGAAUGUGUGAAGCCACCCACGAGCCCUAAAGUGCCAUCUGAAACAUCAUCUGUAUGA